GUUGAAUAUUCAUCAGCCCUGGCUGCGCCCUCAAUUCAGAUUUAUUAACCGGACCUAGAAUUUUAAGCAAACAGAAUGAGCGUAAAUUAUGAACAAAAUGCCAUGGGAGUCAACCUUUCAGAUGACGACGAAAGUGAAUCUACUGGCCAAGAAGACUAUGGCAUUCCUCCGCCAAAAAUUCGAAAAUUAGAAGAAAACCAACAACAAACACACGCUGGUAACAUAGAAAGCGUGGGUCAUGGUGGCGACGAGGAGCAACCACAGCCGGAACCGGAGACUGGAGCCGCCAAUACAUUUGUGGUUGCCCAUCAUUAUAAUGAACUUAAGGAGGCCGGACGUAAGGAUCGUCUGAAAUCGAAAAUUUUCUUUAUGCGAAAUUUCAACAAUUGGAUUAAAAGCCAACUUAUUAACGAGUACAUGGGCAAAAUAAAGGAACAGAAACGUGUGGGCGAUGCCAUACGUGUCCUGGACAUGUGUUGCGGCAAAGGCGGUGAUCUACUCAAAUGGGAUAAGGCGUCCAUAGCUCACUUGAUCUGUACCGACAUUGCCGAAGUGUCGGUGGAACAAUGCCAGCGACGUUAUCAGGACAUAUUGAAACGUGCAGAGAACUCCAAAUAUGCCCAUAAAUUCACAGCUGAAUUCUUUGCCUGCGAUUCGACAUUGGUGCGUCUGCGGGAACGCUAUAAAGAUGCCUCCCUUCAACUGAAUCUCGUGUCGUGCCAGUUUGCUUUUCACUAUUGUUUCGAAUCCUUGGCCCAGGCCGAUUGCAUGGUACGUAAUGCUGCCGAAUGUCUACAGCCAGGUGGAUAUUUUAUAGCCACCAUACCAGAUGCAUAUGAAAUAAUGCGUAGACUAAAAGCAGCUGGUCCUGGACAACGUAAAUUUGGCAACGAUGUGUAUUCCAUUGAAUUCGAAAAUGAUGCCGAUGAAUUGCCUAUAUUUGGCGCUAAAUAUCAAUUUCAUUUAGAGGGCGUUGUGGAUUGCCCUGAAUUUCUGGUACACUUUCCAACUCUAGUCAAAUUGGCACGCAAAUAUGGUUUGCAAGUGCUAAGACGUUCCACGUUUGCUGAAUACUAUAAGGAGACACUGCCCCAUGGCAGACAUUUGCUUCAGCGUAUGUCCGGCUUGGAAACUGUCCAGGUAAAUCGUGUGGCCAAUGAUCCAGAAUAUGCCCAUUUGAAGCAUUUGGCGGGCACUAAUCGUGGCAAACCAGUGGGCACUCUAUCCAAAUCGGAAUGGGAAGCAACAACUCUUUAUUUGGUCUGCGCUUUUAAAAAGUGUAAAAAUACUUGGGAUGCCAAUGGAAAGCCUUUGUUCGAAUUUGAAGACUGAAGACCAUAGAAUAACCAAUAACCAAUCAUUAUAAAAAAAAAAAUAGUUUCUUAUUAAA